AUGGAAUCGAAAGACGAUAUCCAGAACGCGAAUCCGACCAUUUUGGAUGUGUCUGAAAUAUCACGUCGAAGGGAAAAACGCAAGGUUCGAGAUUAUUCGGCCAAGAAACAUGGUAUACAGAGCAUAUUGAUGGCAAAACCCAGCUAUGCAUUGGAUCCUUUCUAUCUGUCGGAUCUUUCAGAAGACUCCGAUGAUUCUGGCUUGGAGCCAAUCGAUGAACAAGAAAUAUAUGACUUGAUCGCGCCAAUAUCCGACCCUGAGCAUCCUCUCUCAUUAGAGUCUCUCGGGGUAGUUAAACUUGAGGAUGUUCACCUUACUUCGCCUUCUGAUCUCACAAAUCCAGCAGCGCUCUCUCGCGUACUGGUCGAAUUGACACCGACGGUUUCGCAUUGCUCUUUAGCAACCGUUAUUGGACUUGGCGUUCGAGUACGAUUGGAACAAGCCCUCCCGCCAAGUUACCGAGUCGAGGUCAAGAUCAAGAAGGAUACACACAGUCAGGCCGCUGAAGUCAACAAACAACUAGCUGAUAAAGAGCGUGUUGCGGCCGCACUUGAGAAUGAUAAUCUCAUGAAUUUGUUAAGGAAGAUGAUGAAGACCUGUCUCGACGGUUAA